AUGAUGAAGAAGACCAACAAAUCUAGCCAAGGUCGCCAAAAGAUUCCUAUUGCUAAAAUAGCCAAGAGAGCCAAUUUACAAGUCACAUUCUCCAAGCGGCGAUCGGGGCUCUUCAAGAAGGCCAGCGAGCUCUGCACACUUUGCGGUGUUGAGGUUGCAAUCGUAGCCUUCUCUCCGGCCAACAAGCCCUACUCCUUCGGCCACCCGGAGGUUGACUCCCUCAUUGACCGGUUUCUUGCUCGAAGCCCUAAUUUUAAUAUUUCCCUAGCAGACCCUUGUCAGCAGCUUGGUGAGGCUCACAAGAAUGCUAGUGCUAAUGAGCUCAACAUGCACCUAACAAGGAUUUCGAACCAAAUCGAGACUGAGAGAAAACGUGGUGAAUCGCUUGAUAAAUUGAGCAAAACCAGCGAGUGUUGGUGGGAAAACCCAGUUGAUGAACUUGGACUGGAUGAGCUUCGAAUACUUAAGGCUGCAAUGGAGGAGCUCAAGAAGAAUGUGAAUGAACAAGCCAAUAGGAUUUGGAUGGAGUCUAGUAAUACUACUAGUAUUGCUAAUAAUUCUUCAUCAUUCUUUAUGAUGAAUAAUGCCCAUCAUAAAUUUGAGACCAGUCGCAGUAGUGAUCAGGUUGGAUCUGAGUCCAUUAAUAUUCCUAGAGCAUAUGAUUUUGGUUUUGCUGGGAAUAUUGGUCUUUUCUGA